AGGAGACAGGUUUUCUUCUCUUCUGACUUCGUUGGAACAGCAAUUGCAUUUGCAGUGAGAGAGGCAAACAUGGCAAUGGCUGCAAAAGAUGAUGAGUUCUACCUUCGAUACUACGUGGGACACAAGGGGAAAUUCGGCCACGAGUUCCUUGAGUUCGAGUUCAGACCAGAUGGUACUCGAUACGCCAACAACUCCAAUUACAAGAACGACACCAUGAUCCGCAAUGCCGUCCUUAAGGAGUGCUGCCGUAUCAUCUCCGAGAGCGAGUUUUUCUUUAUCAUGAAGGAAGAUGAUGCCAACUGGCCAGAACCGGACAGGGUUGGGCGACAAGAGCUUGAAAUUGUGAUGGGAAACGAGCAUAUCUCCUUCACUACCUCAAAAAUUGGGUCUCUUGUUGAUGUCCAGAGUAGUAAGGAUCCUGAAGGACUUCGUAUCUUCUAUUACCUUGUUCAGGACUUGAAGUGCUUUGUCUUCUCUCUCAUCUCACUACAUUUCAAGAUUAAGCCUAUUUAAGGGCUAUUAUGCUGUCCAUUCGAUUUGUAUCCGGGGAUUAUUUUUGUGUUUGAUUUUUGCUUGUAAGAUUUGCUAUUUCAAUAACUUGAUGGUUUUACUGCCUUUCGAGAACUGUUUGAGGCUGUGUAAGGAUGUAUGGGCAUGUGGUUACCCAAUUGAGAAUAUUUCGAGGAACUGUUGGGAACGUGGAAAUAGCAAAAUUAAUCAACGUCUUAGAAGGUC